AUGGUGGUUGGUGUGCCAGCAAACUCACCAGACUCACUGAACCCCAGAGACAAUCUAUGGAUUAUUGUCACGAGGAAAAUGAGAAAUAAGAGGACCAAACCGUGUGCAGAUGAGCUGAAGGCCACUGGUUCCACCCGCAUCAGCGUAUUGUGGAGGAUCUGGCAGAGGAUCUUGAUGGUGCGCUCCCUGGUCAUUAGUCCACAUGAGGGAGGAUGGAGAACGUGGUUGAAGUACGCUAGCCUCUGUGGAAAAAGUGAAAGACUACCCAUAAAAACCCUCGUUCUCCUGCUGGGUGUGGAUCCCUCCAAACAGCUCGACCAUCCCCUGCCUACCGCCCACCCUCAUGUCACCUACGCUUAUAUGAAGUACAUGUGGAAGAGCACUCGCAAGAUCGAUGCAUUCCAGCAUAUGCAGCACUUUGUGCAGGGGAUGCAGCAGCAAGCACAACACGCUAUUGCAGCAGAAGACCAGCAGCACAAACUGGAGCUGCACAAACUGAUGGCACGGUGUUUUCUAAAGCUGGGGGAGUGGCAGCUCAGCCUUCAGGGUAUCAAUGAAAGUACCAUCCCUAAAGUGUUACAGUAUUACAGUCACUCAACAGAGCACGAUCGCAACUGGUACAAGGCCUGGCAUGAUUGGGCAGUAAUGAACUUUGAGGCUGUGCUUCACUACAAGCACCAGAACCAGGGCCGUGAUGAGAAGAAAAAACGACACGCAAGCGGUGCAAGUGCCAACAGCGAAGCCAGUAACAGUGACAGUGAGGCUGACAGCACAGAGCACAGCCCUGUACCCUCCCCUGGACAGAAGAAAGUCAAUGAGGACUUGUCCAAGACUCUCCUUCUGUACACAGUGCCUGCAGUGCAGGGAUUUUUCAGAUCUAUCUCACUCUCACGUGGAAAUAACUUACAGGACACACUAAGAGUCCUGACCUUAUGGUUUGAUUAUGGCCACUGGCCCGAGGUGAAUGAAGCUCUAGUCGAGGGUAUUAAGACCAUUCAGAUAGACACAUGGUUACAGGUGAUUCCUCAACUAAUAGCACGGAUCGAUACCCCACGUGCACUGGUGGGACGUCUUAUUCAUCAGCUACUCACUGACAUUGGCCGCUACCACCCCCAGGCUUUGAUUUAUCCUCUGACUGUGGCCUCCAAAUCCACCACCACUGCCCGCCACAACGCAGCCAACAAGAUCUUGAAGAACAUGUGUGAACACUGCAACACACUGGUCCAGCAAGCCAUUAUGGUAAGUGAGGAGCUGAUCAGGGUUGCUAUUCUGUGGCAUGAAAUGUGGCACGAGGGGCUGGAGGAGGCGUCACGUCUGUACUUUGGAGAGAGGAAUGUCAAAGGAAUGUUUGCCGUCCUGGAGCCCCUUCAUGCCAUGAUGGAGAGAGGGCCACAAACUCUGAAAGAAACAUCCUUCAAUCAGGCUUAUGGCCGAGACCUGAUGGAGGCGCAGGACUGGUGCAGAAAGUACAUGCGAUCAGGUAACGUGAAGGACCUGACGCAGGCCUGGGACCUGUACUACCAUGUGUUCCGCAGGAUCUCCAAACAGCUGCCACAGCUUACUUCACUAGAGCUUCAGUACGUCUCACCUAAACUACUUAUGUGUCGUGAUCUGGAGUUGGCCGUGCCUGGAACAUAUGACCCCAAUCAGCCAAUCAUACGUAUUCAGUCUAUUGCUCCCUCAUUGCAGGUCAUCACCUCCAAACAGCGGCCACGCAAACUCACAAUCAUGGGUAGUAACGGUCAUGAAUUAAUGUUCUUGCUGAAGGGUCAUGAGGAUCUACGGCAAGACGAGAGGGUCAUGCAGCUUUUUGGCUUAGUGAACACUCUACUGGCUAAUGACCCAGCCUCCCUGCGCAAGAAUCUGAGUAUUCAGCGCUAUGCUGUGAUCCCACUCUCCACCAACUCUGGUCUGAUCGGCUGGGUUCCUCACUGUGACACGCUGCACGCACUGAUUCGAGACUACCGAGAGAAGAAGAAGAUCCUACUCAACAUUGAACAUCGCAUCAUGCUUAGGAUGGCACCUGACUAUGAUCACUUGACUCUCAUGGAGAAGGUAGAGGUGUUUGAGCAUGCAGUGAACAAUACAGCGGGAGAUGACCUGGCCAAACUGCUCUGGCUUAAGAGUCCCAGCUCAGAGGUUUGGUUUGAUAGGAGGACCAACUACACCCGCUCACUAGCUGUCAUGUCCAUGGUUGGCUAUAUCUUAGGGCUUGGGGACAGACAUCCUUCCAAUCUGAUGUUGGACAGGCUCAGUGGAAAGAUACUGCAUAUUGAUUUUGGGGACUGUUUUGAGGUUGCAAUGACCAGAGAAAAAUUCCCUGAGAAAAUACCUUUUAGAUUAACCCGGAUGUUAACCAAUGCCAUGGAGGUGACUGGACUGGAUGGUAACUACCGGAUUACAUGUCACACGGUGAUGGAGGUACUUCGUGAACACAGGGACAGUGUCAUGGCUGUGCUGGAGGCCUUUGUCUAUGAUCCAUUACUCAACUGGAGGCUUAUGGACACAAACACUAAAGGAAACAAGCGCUCCAGGACAAGAACUGACUACUACACAACACGUCAUCAUGUAGAAGCCAUGGAGGGUAUUGACCUGGGAGAAACAACCCACAAAAAGCCUGGAACUACAGUGCCUGAGUCAAUUCACUCCUUCAUUGGAGAUGGCCUUGUGCAACCUGAAGCCUUGAACAAGAAAGCCAUCCAAAUUAUCAACAGGGUGCGGGACAAGCUAACUGGACGAGACUUUUCCCACGAUGAGACCCUGGAUGUACCAACUCAAGUGGAGCUGCUCAUCAAACAAGCUACUUCGCAUGAAAACUUGUGCCAAUGUUACAUUGGAUGGUGCCCUUUUUGGUAGAGCUUCUUAUUGUUCCCGCUUUCUUUUUCUGUAUUUUACUGUAAAAUUCCCCUGUGAUGGUGAUAUAAACACAGAGUUUGAAACUCAAGUUGAUUUGGAAAAAUGUGAGCAUAUGUGAAAAUGAAUCACUUCAAUCUUUAAGCAACCUCAGAAAAAUCUGAAGAAUGUCAUCUUGGAUGAUGUGUUAUACGUAUAUACGUCUUUGUUUUGUUUUGUUUUAUUUGAAAUAAUUUGUACCAGUUAAGCUAAUGUUGCUCUGUUGAUUGCCUGUUAUUUUAUUAAGAACUACCAAGGAAUUUCCACAUCAAAUAAAAAAAAUAAUAAUAAUAAAUUAAAGAUUUUAAAAAUAAGAGACUGUUUCACAUGGAAAGUUAAACUAUUAAUUGAGACAUUUAAAUGUUCUAUACAAUAGAAAUGUGGAGGGAGAUUUACAUGACGACCAAAUAAUAAAUGCUGACAAUACAAUCUUA